AUGGGAUUCUUGAGUACUUUCUUCGAACUUCUUGGUUUUGGAAUUGGACUUCCUUUUGGUCUCUUGAUUGGUUUCUUUCUUUUCGUUUAUUCUAAGCCUAAAGAUGUUAAGGAUCCAGUGGUCAGGCCAUUUCAUGAGUUAGACACAGAUGCUGUGCUAGAUAUUCUACCAGAUAUCCCAUUAUGGGUAAAAUGCCCUGAUUAUGAAAGAGUAGACUGGUUGAACAAGUUUCUCUCGGAUAUGUGGCCUUACCUUGACAAGGCAAUUUGUGCAAUGAUAAGAAGUACAACACAACCUAUAUUUGCAGAGUAUAUUGGCAAGUAUAUGAUAGAUGCCGUUGAAUUUGAGCAGCUAACUCUAGGAACUCUUCCUCCUACAAUUCAUGGUCUUAAAGUCUAUGAAACUAACGAGAAGGAUUUAGUCAUGGAACCAGCAAUUAGGUGGGCUGGCAAUCCCAACAUUGUUUUGGUGCUACAGUUACUGUCUUUAAAAGUUAGAAUUCAGUUAGUUGAUUUGCAAAUAUUUAUGGCGCCACGGGUAGCUUUGAAACCUCUUGUACCUACCUUUCCAUGUUUUGCAAAUAUUGUGGUGUCCUUGAUGGAGAGGCCACAUGUAGACUUUGGACUGAAAAUACUGGGAGGAGAUGUUAUGUCCAUACCUGGCCUUUAUCGAAUUGUUCAGGAUAUGAUCAAAAAACAAAUAGCAAGCCUCUACCUAUGGCCCCAGACUCUCGAUAUACCUGUCCUUGAUUCUUCAACAGUGAUUAUAAAGAAGCCUGUGGGGAUACUUCAUGUGAAAGUUGUGCGGGCAAAGAAACUUUUGAAGGCUGAUAUUCUGGGAACAUCUGACCCAUACGUCAAACUUAACCUGACUGGAGAAAAGCUGCCAGCAAAGAAAACUACAAUCAAGAAGAAGAAUCUGAAUCCUGAAUGGAAUGAGAACUUCAAGCUUGUUGUCAAGGAUCCUGAAUCUCAAGCUCUUCAAUUACAAGUGUUUGACUGGGACAAGGUUGGUGGUCAUGACAGAUUAGGAAUGCAAUUAGUUCCCCUGAAAGCGCUUACUGCCCGCGAAACAAAGGAAUUCACUCUUGAUUUGCUUAAGCACACGAAUAUUUCUGACUCUCAGGACAAGAAGCGACGAGGGCAAAUUAUGUUGGAGCUGACCUAUGUGCCUUUUAGAGAAGACAGUAUCAAGUUUAGUGGACCUUUGGUUGGGAAUGGUGGUAAUGAAAGUGGAAGUGAUAGGUCUUCUUCAGAUAAUGUAUCAUUGAGUGGAGCAGGUUUACUCUCAGUUCUGGUUCAAGGAGCUGAGGAUGUAGAAGGGAAUCAUCACACUAAUCCCUAUGCUUUAGUCCUUUUCAGAGGAGAAAGGAAGAAAACUAAGAUGAUUAAAAGGACUCGUGAUCCACGUUGGGGUGAAGAGUUUCAAUUUAUGCUCGAUCAACCUCCCUUGCAUGAGUUGAUUCGUAUCGAGGUUAUGAGCAAGCGAUCAAGCUUUAGUUUCCGAUCAAAGGAAUCAUUGGGGCAUGUGGAGAUCAAACUUGAUGAUGUUGUGAACAACGGACGCAUCAACCAGAAAUACCAUCUAAUUGAUUCAAAGAAUGGAGUGAUACAUAUUGUGAUUCGAUGGAGUACAGUUUGA